AUGCGAGAAAUUGUACAUAUUCAGGCCGGCCAGUGUGGAAACCAGAUCGGCGCUAAGUUCUGGGAAGUGAUAAGUGACGAGCAUGGUAUCGAUCCCACCGGCAGUUACCAAGGUGACAGUGACCUGCAGCUGGAGAGGAUAAACGUGUAUUAUAAUGAAGCUUCGGGUAAGACAGGGAGUAAGUUUGUGCCUCGUGCUAUCCUUGUGGAUCUCGAGCCAGGUACCAUGGACUCAGUGCGCUCUGGCCCGUUUGGGCAAAUCUUCAGACCAGACAACUUUGUUUUCGGUCAGAGUGGAGCUGGGAACAACUGGGCCAAGGGUCACUACACAGAGGGAGCAGAGCUCGUCGACUCAGUCCUGGACGUAGUGAGGAAGGAGUCUGAGAAUUGCGAUUGUCUCCAAGGUUUCCAACUUACCCACUCCCUGGGUGGAGGCACUGGAUCUGGUAUGGGGACCCUGCUUAUUAGCAAGAUCCGUGAGGAGUAUCCAGACCGUAUCAUGAACACCUUCAGCGUCAUGCCUUCUCCAAAGGUCUCCGACACGGUGGUGGAGCCCUACAAUGCCACGCUGUCUGUCCAUCAGCUGGUGGAGAACACGGACGAGACCUUCAGCAUCGACAACGAGGCGCUCUAUGACAUCUGUUUCCGCACGCUCAAGCUGACCACGCCCACCUACGGUGAUCUCAACCAUCUCGUCUCUGCCACCAUGAGCGGGGUCACCACCUGCCUGCGCUUCCCAGGGCAGCUCAAUGCCGACUUGCGCAAGUUGGCCGUCAACAUGGUGCCCUUCCCACGUCUGCACUUCUUCAUGCCUGGCUUCGCCCCCCUCACCAGCAGGGGGAGCCAGCAGUACCGAGCACUGUCCGUGCCUGAGCUCACGCAACAGAUGUUUGACGCCAAGAACAUGAUGGCUGCCUGUGACCCGCGCCACGGCCGUUACCUGACCGUAGCCGCCAUCUUUCGCGGACGUAUGUCCAUGAAAGAGGUGGACGAACAAAUGCUUAGCGUUCAGAAUAAGAACAGCAGCUACUUUGUGGAGUGGAUCCCCAACAACGUGAAGACGGCUGUUUGCGACAUCCCACCAAGGGGUCUGAAGAUGUCCGCCACCUUCAUCGGGAACAGCACGGCCAUCCAGGAGCUUUUCCGCCGGAUCUCCGAGCAGUUCACGGCCAUGUUCCGCCGCAAGGCCUUCCUGCACUGGUACACAGGAGAGGGCAUGGACGAGAUGGAGUUCACUGAGGCCGAGAGCAACAUGAACGACCUGGUAUCUGAGUACCAGCAGUAUCAGGACGCCACCGCUGACGAAAUGGGUGAAUACGAGGAGGACGAGAUCGAGGACGAGGAAGAAGUCCGCCAGGACGUCCGUCACUGA